AUGUCGACACCGAUCAACGAGAAGGACGAGCCAAUAUACAGCCCGCCCUCGCAUACCGCGGCCUUCGGACGUGCCAGUCUAGAGGGCCGUCCAAGUCAAGAUCAAGGACGGUCGUUACCUUCCUACAAUGUCAACAAUCACCGGAACCAAAGCCGUGACAAGUCUUCGGAUGAGGAGGGGACUGUCGUUGGGGAGGCGGAACACAUACAUUACGGGCCGAAUGAGAACGAGAAUGUAGCACCGCAGCGUGCCCGUGCGAACAGUCACUUGACCGUCCGAACGGAGUACGAUGGCGAGGGCCUGCGUAGCAUAAAUUCCGCCGCCUCUCCGUCGCAGACGCGCGAGCAGGCUUCUCGGCUGGACGAUGACCUGGAGAUGCUCAAGAUUGAAAGGCAGGUCUCACAGUUGAACGAGUCAGAAACAUUGUCCCAACAAAAGAGCCGCGAGGGCGACAUGUAUCGGUCAAAAUCACGGAAGAGAGACGAGCAUGUGGACGAAUUCGACAUUGCAACGAAUCCCGUGCACGAACAGACACAGGUCUAUAAGCCCGUUGAGCACCCGAGCUCGAGAUUCGGCAAGCUUGUCAAACGCAUCCACGGCAGCAACUGGCUCAUCCGAUGGUUCACCUAUAUUACACCGCUCACCUUGAUCCUGCUCAUCCCGCUCCUGUUAGGCGCGCUUUUGUUCAAGAACUCGGUGGUCGGUGGUGUUUAUCUGGCAUGGUUCAUGAUCUGGCUGGAAAUUGUCUGGCUGUCACUCUGGGCUGGACGCAUCCUUGCAAAGUGUCUACCUUGGCCAAUAGGACUGAUUUCCAGCCUUUUCACCAAUAACAGCAAGAAAUGGCGAGAUAUGGGCAAGCAAUUGGAAUUGCCGGCAACACUCUUCUUCUGGUGGUUGGCCAUUGAAGUCUCUUUCCUGCCGACAAUGCUCCACCACCAGCGCGAUUAUGGGUCUGGCCAUACACAGGACUGGAUGGGUACAAUGAACAAAGUGCUGGUCUCGAUCUUUGUCGCUGCCGUCCUCAACUUCGUCGAGAAAAUCCUCAUCCAGCUCAUCGCCAUCUCCUUCCACCUGCGGACAUACGCCGAUCGAAUCGAGCUCAAUAAGUUCCAGAUUGGCUCCCUCACCAAGCUCUACCAGUUUUCAAGGGACAAGAUUGCAAUGGAAGACUCUGAAUUCGAGAUACCAUCUGGUGAUCAACCCGGUUCCGGUGCAAUUACACCCGGUCAAAUUGUUACUGGUGCGGCCAAACAAACGAAAGCAGCUUUCAACAGAUUCGGAGAUGUGGCUGGGAAGGUAGCCGGCGACUUCACCGGGAAGCAGACGAUGAAGAGCACUCACCCACAUCAAGUCGUACUCACGCUGCUGCACUCGACUACCGGCGCGCAGACUCUGGCAAGGCGACUGUACCGCACUUUCGCCCGCGAAGAGACGGAAACUGUUGUAUCCGAUGACCUGCGUAAUGCCUUCGAGAACAACGACGAGGCUGAUGCGGCGUUCAGCAUGUUCGACAAAGACAUGAACGGCGACAUCAGCAUGGAGGAACUCGAGGCCGUCUGUGUCGAGAUUGGACGAGAGCGAAAGUCGAUCACGGCCAGUUUGAAGGAUCUGGACUCCGUGGUUGCCAAGCUGGACGAUGUCUUCAUGUUCAUCGUUUUCGUCAUCACGGUCCUGGUCUUCAUCUCGCUCAUUUCUACCUCCGCCGCUGGGGUUCUGACGUCCGCUGGAUCGGCCGUGCUUGCCCUCUCUUGGCUGUUCUCAGCUACGGCACAGGAAUUUCUGCAGUCGGUUAUCUUCGUGUUCGUCAAGCAUCCAUUCGACGUCGGUGACCGUGUCUCGGUCUACGGAAACACUGGUGCUGCUGGUAUGGGUGACGACUACUUCGUUAAGGAGAUUGCGUUGCUCUACACCGAGUUCAAGAAGAUGGAAGGACAUAUAGUUCAGGCACCUAACAGCUACCUGAACGGCCUGUUCAUUCUAAAUCAGCGCCGUUCUGGUGGUAUCGCGGAAGCCAUUCCCAUCCAGAUCAAAUUUGGCACGACACUGGAGCAAAUCGACGGCCUCCGCCAGAAGUUACUCGACUUUGUGUUGGCCGAGAAGCGCGAGUACCAGGGCAAGAUUCUCACCGAGCUGCGCGAUGUUCACGAAGUCCACUACUUGACGCUCAACGUCAUCAUGUUCUACAAGUCCAACUGGCAAAACGAAGGCCUACGUGUUGCGCGCCGUAACAAGUUCAUCUGCGCCCUCAUGGUCAGCAUGCAAGAGCUUGGCAUCGAAGGCCCACGUAUGCGGUACCCGGGACAGAAGCAGUCGUUCCCUGUGUAUCUGCAGAACGUUCCGCACGUCAAGAUGCCAGGUGCUGGUCACAGUGGUCACCCUGAUGAGCCGAACGGGACUGUUCACGACGAAACGCAUGAUGAGCCCCAGGAUCCACCUUUCGUGUCACCGCUCCAGGGUCAGCAAUCAUCAACUGGCCAGGUACCCGCUUCGCGACUCCGAAGCGGUAGCAUCUUGAAGAGCGGCCGUCCGCGCGGAGAGAGCGUCUCUCAAAUGAGCCGCCGUGUGGAUUUCAGUCUUGGCGCACGGGGUGCCGCGAGCGGCGACUUUUCGGGCGACGUAUAUGAGACUCGCGACAGGUCCAACAUCCCAGCCGAAGUCAGAGAGGCAUCUCGCUCACGCGAUCGAGCGAACGAGGAGCUCCGACGAUCAACAGAACGCCAGAGCCACGAGGCUGCACGAGUGACUUCGCGUGACGAGCGACUUGGACCAGGCCAUCUGAACCGCGUGUCGACAGAGGGUGGCAGCCGAUGGCGCACGCACGGCACAAUCCACCGCAACCGCUUCCGCAGGCCUGGGACGAGCGACGAGCAGGGUCUGAUGGAGAGCGGGAUGGCUGAUAUCCCAGAGAACCCUUCGACGGCUGGCAGUCAAUUACCGAGCCGUGACCGGUUGGAUCCACGGACGGGAGUCGUCAGCCCUCGCGCGUGGAGGAUGACUACGGAUGAGAGCAAUGUGCACCCGCCACAGAUCCAGCCGACGGGUGGAAUGCGGGAGGCCGGGGCCGCUGCACCGGAGGGCCACAGGUUUCCUGGGAGGUCACAGACGGAAGACUUUGAGAUGAGGAGGUUUCGCUGA